GGGCGAGUGGCACAGGAAAGUUUGAGACAGGCACACGUUCAGGCGGCCGACUGCCUCACUGUGAGCUCGCUUCUGCACCGUUCGAUUGACCUUCUGAGUUCUGACCAAAACACACUCAUUGACAGCUGCUGCCAGGCUCUCAGAGUUGCGCCAUGGAAGGCUUAGGGCUCGGCCUAGGACAGCCGGCCAGCAUAGCUACUAUAAGCACCAAUCGCUAUCUGCCGUCAUCCUCAGCUCGCGCAAUGAGUAACGCGAGCGCAGACAGCCGCUCCUUCUCGGCCGGCUCAACAGGCUCACAUUUGAGCGCACAUGAUGACUCGGCGCGAUCAGACAGUGACCUCAGCACACCCAUGACCUCGUUGUCCAUGUCGACUGGCCCAAAGGAUCACAUGAACUUCGGAAGCUCAAGGCCGCCUAUCGCUGCCAGCUUGGCCAGUCAUCGCGUUGCGACCAACUUUGACCCUCACCGAUCGCUUUUGCCGGGACUAGCAAAACAGAUGGGAUGGGAGAUGGAUCCCACUUUGCUUUCAUUGCUCGAUCAGAUCCAACUCGACCCUUUGCCGUUGGACAACCUGUCAGCCUCGAACGCGCUCUCGUCCUCGCUGCCGUAUAGCAAACCCAUCGAAGCAUUGCAGAUCAAGAAGCCCGAGCGGACCGGAUUGGGCUUGACAGCUCAGCGUGAGAUGAUCCCUCGUACCGAUAGUUUCGCAGAGGAUAGGCUCGUUCUCGACAACACACCGAUCGACAUACCGCGGCCAUCGGCCAGGCCGCCCUUGAUAAAAGCCUCGACGACCCUGCCUGUCCUUUCCGAGGACUCAGCCGUCGACGACGAACUGCCUUGCGCUCCACCGCCUUUGCGCAAGCUUGGCCAUUUCGCAUCCGAGCUGUCCAGCAAGAGCCUCGACCGCUUCCCGACGCCGCUCAAUUCCAUCUCGACAGACCUAGACAAGCUCGCGCGCGGUGAAUCGCCCGUACACGCUACUUCACCCUUGCUCAGGACCGUGACGCUCGCCAAGCUGCAGACGGAGAUCUGUCUCGAUGAGGGCGACCAACGAAUCGGCCGACAGGGCAGAGAAUCUCCCAUCGAUGAUGCCGGCGGGGCUGUCAUGGGCAUCGCUUCUCGGCGCUCUCGCUCUAUCCCUGCUCUAGCUAACACCCCUUCGCGAUUAUCCGGCUCUUUGCUAAAGGAUCAUCAAUCGCGCAAGAUGAAUAGCAACAGCAUGCACCUUGGAGGCUCUCAUGUCAGCGCAGCAGGCAUGGGUAUCCAGCCGUCAAUGUCGAGCAAAUCACUGCGUUCCAACCUCUCGACGACGUCGACAGACGAACCCGAAAUUAUUAGUCACUCUCUCGCAGCCUUCCCCACACCGCCCACAUCGUCCACCCAGAUGACUUUUGGUAUGCAAUCAGAGAUUCUGGCGUACACCCAUGGCGUGCCUGCGGCGCCCUUGCUCUCAUCUUCGCUCGCUGGGGCUGCCACAGCAGGUUCAUUCCAGUUUGAUGAAGGCUACGAGAUCUCAGCGCAUCACAUCAGCGCUGAUACUUCCCUCGUGUCUGCUGCCGGCCAGCACCCAUCCGUGAGCAGAUGCAACGAUGCUACUGCUCCUCGCCUUUCGGAGCAAUCGGCUAUAUGGCAGCCUUACUCGCUUGCCAAUCAGAGCAGCCCACAGCUCGGCCUUUCGCCUCUCGCGCACGAUACGAGCGCCCUAUCGUCGAUCGCCGCCUCGCCCAUGACUUCUGACUGGCAAGCCGAUGCGUCUCCGAUGACGAACUGCUCUACAGAAUGGCCUGAAGCUGGGUCGCCGAGCGCGAAUGCUCUCCUGGAGGAUCCUGCGCUGAUGCAAACGCCUCUUGCAUCUGGCAAGGAUCAUCGCGCUCGCACUUUCAGUGGGCCUAUGCUUAGACUGUUUCGCAGCAAUCCCAAGCUACGUGUUGACAGCAUCAGCUCACCACGCGCAGUCGCCGUCACCUCAGCUGCCAGAGUUCCGAUCGCAGGCCCAGGUGACGAGUUACCAGUUGGCAAAGCCGCUCCCCGCAUGAAGCGACAGCAGUCUGGGGGCAUUCUCAAGAUCACAAAGUUCUUCAGCGGUCGCUCCAAAUCAAGUGAGCAUCAUGCAGUGCCAGUACUGGUACCUUUCGUGCCACCCGGCGAAGAAGACGAGCAGGAAGGCGACUUCAACAAGCCCCGUGAAGCGCCCCAGCCUAUCGCACUGUCAGGCUCAUUUCCCUCGACGCCAAGACCAGACGCGAGCUCUCCGGCCCUCUUGCGCGCUGCCAGCACGCCAAAUCUACGACUGCCGUCGCCAAUGGCAAGCAAGCACGAUACCUUCAUCGCACCGCGAUUGGCGCCAAAUCCGCCCAACUCCCCCGUUGUGGUCAUGUCUAUGGCGCCUCCAAGUCAAAGAAGUCUCUACAAUCCACCCAUCGACGACGGCGCGAGCUCAUUUGGCUUCUUUGCCGAGAAUUACAGCGAGACAUCGGCUCUGCUCGCGCCACAAAUGCCACAUGGACUGCCGUCGCCCGUGCCUCCGGCUACAUCUUCUUGGCGUCAGACUUAUUUGCCAAUCGGUGCUCCUGAUCUACCGCCGAUGGAAGAUGCGCCGAGCAGCUUGCCGCACUCGCACAGCGCUCAGGCCGCUGAUCUUUGUCACAUCUCUGUCAUCGAGCCAGCUUCUCCGGAGAGGGCCGUGCGACCGCACCUCCAUCUCGAGGUCACAGACUCGCCACUAGCAACUUUCGCCCCGCCUCAGACGCCAACGCUCACAACCACGCAGCACUUGUCACCGUUCGCGUCACCUAGCUCUCCUGCAGCUCGGAGCGUGCCCUGGGCUAAUUCUCCGACGCUUGCCGCUGCGCCCCUUAGGCGAUCGUCACUAUUGCCACUGCGCGACAGUAAGGGCGCAGACUCUACUCGCUCAUCGUCUCCGUCAUCAGUCUAUUCGCCAUUGUCGGUCACCGGUCAGAAGUUCCGCCGAGAGCCGUCAGUCUGCAGCGAGAAUAAGUCUGAGCAGGCUGUAAGCUUGCCAAGCGAUCGACUCGAAGUCCUCGAGCACGCUGUCAUGAGCGAUGAAAGUGACGACGACACGCCUUUGGGUCAACGAAACCCUGAUGCUUUCGACAUCCAACGAGAUCUGCGCGACGAAGAGCGUUUUAGGCGACGCGCCGAGCUUGAUGCCAAGCAGCGUACAUCAAGCUCCUCUAGCGUCAGGAACCCUUUUGCUUUCUCUGCAGACGAGCUGUCUUCCAAGUUGGACAAGGUACAAGGGGCAUCGGUCGGCUCAAGCUCAAAGUCUAGUCCUGUCUUAGCCACUGUCGGGCAUUCGCUUCUGCCUCAGACAGACGAAAGCGUCGCGGCUCGAUCACAAUCGCGGCGUGGGUCUAGCGCAAAUCGCAGCAUGUCGCCCGCCUCUCCGCAUGCGGAGAAUUUGCCUGACUUCUUGCAAGAAUCGAAAUUAACCUUCGCACAGACCGAUAAGGUGCAGCGCACCUCGGAAGCCUUGAUCGCCGAAAUGGCUCGCUCUCAACCGCCAAUCGUAAGCGGUCCAGAACCUUUGCUUGCAGUCUCGCAGAAUGUCGAAACGCGUCUUGCAGAAGCAGGAAGUGAACUCCUCAGGAUCUUUGUGGGAGAUGUCGACCACUCUUGUACUGUCAGCAUCUCUGCGGUUACUACAAUCAAAGACGUGCUCGAGCAGCUAUCCGUCAAAGGUGCUCUCACGGGCAGCGAGCAAGAGAAGGGCAAUUGGGCGUUGUGGGACUACUGGUCAAAUCACGGGCUAGAACGACCGCUGCGCGAGUACGAGCGCGUCGCAGACGUUCGUGCCUCAUGGACGCCAGAUACGGCACACACGGGUGUCCUGAUCGCCAAGAAGACGUACUUUGCCUCGCUGCUCCGCACCUCGAAUGAAGGCGUCGACGCAAACGAGGCUAUGGGUACGAUGAUACAGAUGGAGGUUAAGCGCGGCAAAUGGCAGAAACGCUACCUCGAAGUCAAAGACUGCUCGAUAUCAUGGUCUAAGAAUGAGAAGGCGAAAGAAGUCGUUCAUCUCUGCUCGCUUGCGCGAUAUGACGCCUAUAUUGUGAAGCCAAUGUUCGCUACCAAGCUCAAAUGUCCAAAGCCUUUCGCAUUCGCCAUCAAGAGCCUCGAUGCCGUGACCUUAUUCGAGGAUGCUGAGAAGGAUUAUACGCAUCUCUUCUCAGUCAAGACAGCCGACGAACGCGAUGCCUGGGUCAGAGCAAUCUUGGAGGCUAGAAUACCCAUGCUCAAGGCGCAAGCCAAGCAGAAUGCCACGACCGUCUCAAGCGCGCCCUCUCCGGUCGUCUCGCCGGUUCUAGAUGCGAACACGAAUGCGCUGCAACCUUCUAAGACGCGUACGCUCCUGGACUCCCGAUCGUACGCCGACCUCAAAGCGGCAAGUCUGAAGGCGGCUGUCAUCGCUGAGCCUGUGUCGACCGCGACCCCUUUCGCAAAGGGCACUCUGCUUGGUGAUGCCGACAAUAUAGACACGAAGGCCAGACCGACGCUCUCUCCUUUUCAACCGGGCACCCUUCUUGCUGAUCAGACCCUGACGGAUGGCGGGCGGGCAGCUCUCUCGCGAAGCGCAACCUCUGCCACGUUGUCCAAGGUGCCUGCGCCCGCGAGCCAGCAGCAAUCGCUAUCUACGCCGAAGACGGGGGCGAAAAGCCCCGUCACGCUCCCAGAUCGCGAGACCUGGAGCAAAAUGACGCAGGAGGAGAAGCGUCAGGCACUGUCGGCUGUUCAGAAAGGCGCCGGCGCCGGUCGCAAGGCUUUCUUAGAGGUCUCGGCGAACACGAACACAGCGCUCAGCCGAACGGAGGAACCGGCUGUCGAUAGCUGCAGCAGAUCUCAGAUAGUUAUCAAGAAGCCCAGCUCUGCUGCUCUGAGCAGCUACAAGCCAGGAAGCCGCGGCGCCAUUGCACGAAGUCAGACAUUCCGUCAAUAG